AUACAAACUGAUUUUUUUAUGGGUAAACAUCCCCACACAUUUCGAUGGUAAUUUUGCAGAGAGACAACUCUUGAAAGAUUCUUCCUACUCCUGGGCUGGAAUGGACCGUAUCAAUUUCAUUAAAAUAAAAUUAAACCUGACAGUAUGAGAAUGUACAGUUUAGGAAGUACAAGGACCAAAGUCCGAAUUAUCCCAAAAUCUAGUGACCAACUUGUGACCCCCAAACGUUUUUAAACAUCCAGAAGCCACAUCUAUUUAUUUAUGUAUAAAAAAAAAACCCUACAGGGCAUAUGGUUGCAGCAGAGUCAAGAACUGAAAUAAUGGCCACUGGUUUGAGAAACAUCGUACUAUCCAUUGUUACAUUGUUGGCUUCCUUGUUAUUAAUCCACUCUUCCGGCUUCCAAUCCACUCAUCCGCCACCACCAAGUCCUCCUCAUCGGCCCUUACCGCUGGGGCGUUAUAUACCUCGGCACAGCACAUCAAGACCAGCAAGCCAUGGAUGAUAAGAGUUGCAGACAUGGUAUACUUAUGAGUUCUAAGCUGAUAUGAUAACAUCCAAAUGCCUUGUUAUUUUUUUUUCAUACAUUACCAGAAUCAUCAGUUUUGUUGCGAAAAAUCCAUUUUGUUCCAAUCACAGGAACAUCUGCAGGUUUAGCCACCAAUUCCCAAACAUUUUUAAGUCUAUAAUAUUGAACUAGUUCUUCUUGUACAGCAUCAGUCCAUUCUUCAUCAAGCAAGGCUUUAUUAUGAUUCUUAGGUUCAAUUCUAGAGACAAAUGCGUAAUGAUUCGGAGUAUGCUUAUCUAUCUCGUGUUUGAAUUUUAUUAUCAGAUAGCUUACCAAUGAUCUGCUCAAAUGGAUGUCAUUUCCGGAUAUGUGCAUGAGCAGUGAUCAUUGAGGGACUGGAGGAUUGAUGAUAUGCAGAGGAUUGUGUCACACCAGAACUGGAUGCAGAGGACGGAAUUGAAGACAGAAGAUAUUGGGGACGAACAAAUGUAGAUUCUUUCCACACGUUUUGUUUUGAGAUUCCAUGCCCUAUAUGUUUGGCCUUCGGCAGAAUAUCCAAGGAUAAUGUACAAUUUAGAAAGUUAAAAGGACCAAAGUCAGAAUUAUCUCAAGAUAUAAGGAUCAACUUGUGACCUCAUGAUGCACGAUUGAAUCUUUUCCAACAACUCGAGUUAUUGGGAGCAACUGGUUCAUGACAUGGUAUCAGAGCUACCAGUUGAUCCCAAUAACACAAGUUGUUGGGACCAAUUGGUUUUUGACAUGGUAUCAAAGUUUUAUAUGACCGAGAGGUCUUGUAUUCGAAUCCCCACAACCCCCAUUUAUUAAUCACAUGGUAUUCUUGUCUUCAGACCUGUGCAAACUUCAAGCCCUUGUUAGUGACUUUCGUAUGAAGGGGCGUAUUAGUGUAUUAUACGAUCCACGAUUGAACGUUUCCAAACAACUCGAGUUAUUGGAAGCAAGUGGUUCAUGACAGUUUUUAAAACAUCCCUGGAUCCACGACGAUUUAUAAAUAAAUAAACAAAACUAUGGGGUUUGGUUACAGCAAGCAAAAUCAAAGAUAAGAAAUAAUGGCCACUGGU